GGGGCUCUUUUGCGCUAGCCCCGCUGCCGGCAUUCCGGCCAUCGGGAUCCCGAACAGCAGGGCAAGUGUAGUAGACCCCCCCAACAAUACUGUACAACCUACCCUGGUGUACUGCUGCGUCCGCCAGAAUCCACCUACAGCGCCCCCUGCCUGUCUCCCUGUCCGCACUCUCUCGUCUGUGAGUGGCGGUGAGCUUCUCCAGUCUGAGUCGUGUCAGGCUGCUUCCUGUUUGCGUUCCAGGCCUCUGAGUGCGCCGAGGUGCAGCGUGAGUGGCUGCGGCGUGGCGGGAGUGUGAGCUGUGCUUGGAGACCGGCUGCGCUCCCGGGCCUGGCUGUCACCGAGCAUCGGGGCGAUGAGUAAAUCCAAGGACGCUGCGGGCUGUUGUCAAAGCGAUGGAGCUGCUUGCUCAGCAGGGCAAAAUCAAAGAGAAAGUGUAUGGGAAGCAGAAAAUCUACUUUGCAGAUCAGGAGAAGUUUCCCAGUGUGAGUGACUUAGAAAUCAAGAAUCUGGACGUCCAGAUUACAGAAAUUACCAGUAAGGUGCAGAAUACCCAGCAGAGCUGCCGACAACUGGAGUCAGAGCUGAAAGAUUUGAGCAGUUCCAUGACUACUGAAGAGAUGAUAAAAGAAAUAAAGGAGUUAAAGGCAGAAUGUAGUAGACACCAGGAAAAGCUGCAGAAAAUUAAAUCUGCAACCAACCAUGUCACUCCGGAAGAGAAAGAGAAGGUAUAUAGUGAACGGAAGCAGUUUUGUAAAGAAUGGAGGAAAAGGAAAAGAAUGGCCACAGACAUUUUUGAUGCUGUUCUUGAAGGUUAUCCUAAAAGCAAGAAGCAAUUCUUUGAAGAAGUUGGUGUGGAAACAGAUGAAGAGCAUAAUGUGACUUUGCCAGAUAUUUGACACAUGUAAAAUCAGUGGGUUCUGCAAGGUUUUUAUACUUCCAUAUUAACUAUCUUUCAUUGUACAAGACGUCAGAACACUGGUUACUAAAUAGCUUUGUGUAUAGUAGCAUUUAAGCUUCAGUUGGUUUACACUCUAUUGCAUAGGUUUUCACACUCGGGGGUCAAUCCAAUUAGCUGCGAUAUCAUCACGGCAGGCCGAAUUCGCACAAAACUGCUCACUACCCCAUAGAGGUCCGAGCAGUUUUGUGCAAAUUGGGGCUGAUUCAAGGCCGUGAAGGGUGCGAGAUCAGGUGGCGUUGCCUGCGUUUAAACGCCGUUGCAACUGCACUACGCACCCUUCAGAGCUAAUUGACCUGACCCCUUUGUUCUCAGGAUCCCAAACAUUUCAUGUUUUCCAGGUCUCCUCAUGGAAUAGUAAGUGAAAUUAGCUCAACCUGUGGAUCAUUUAAAUUGUAAGUAAUAAAUACACUGUGCACCUGCUAUGUAACCAGGAAAACAGGAACUGUUUGGGGUCCUGAGGACUGGGUUUUGAUAAGCAUGCUUAUUGCAGUAGAGCAGUGCUUAUGUAAAAAAAAAAAAAAAAAAAAAGACUUUCCCAAUCUGUUAUUGUGAGGAUCAAUGAGAACCAGAGAUGAUUCUAUAGCAAUAAGAAAAUGCUGGUAUUUGGUACAUAUAUACAGUAUUCUCCAUUAUGCUAUUUCAUUAGCUUUAUGAAUCUACAAGAACAAUGGCUCUUUACUAUAAAACACCAUAAGAAACAGGCUUUGUAACAUUGGAUUGGACUACAUUUUAUGUCAACUAGCAGUGAUGUGCAGCUGCGCAAGUCUCCACUUAUUAGGGAUAAAGUGGGGUGUAAUUAAGAAUCUGCACCUAGGAGCUUGCAAGGUGCUGAAGAAGUAGUUGGAAAAUUGGCACCAUGCUAACUGAAAAUCCACCUUAGAACCUUACCAGGAGGGACAGAAUGCUCUGCUUCUGGACUUUUCUCUUAAUGUAUGAUUGCCAGCACCUGUGUUGGCAAUCAUACAUUAAGAGGGGAGUCCAUGAGAAGAGCAUUCUGUCCCUCCUGGAGAGGGCCAUGUUAUUUUACUGUGAUAUUGGCAGUAGAGCAAAUACUGUUUACGACUGCCAGAGGCCUAAUAUGGCAUACUUGCCUACCUGACCCUCUCCAUGAGGGAGAAAAUGCUCUGUUCCUGGACUUUCCUGGUAAUGAAUGAUUGAGCUAGCUAAUUGAUAAGAAAGGUGUUUCACCACAGGUGAUGGCAAUCAUACAUUACCAGGAAAGUCCAGGAACAGAGCAUUUUCUCCCUCAUGGAGAGGGUCAGGUAGGCAAGUAUGGCAUAUGGGAGGUCUAAAAAAAAAAAGUUCCAAAUUUGUCCAUGAAAUUACACAAACCAUAGAAGGUGACAACGUUUAAGACUCAACAAAAUAAACAAUACUGUCUAGAUAUCUUGAUUAAUAACUUAUAUUUGCAUAUCGCAUGUUGUGCAUUCACUGCUGCUGGACCAAUAGUGAUCCCAUAUUCCUGUUCACAGGCCGUUAGCUACACUAGCCAUCAAGCUGCGGUUAGUACUUGGAGAGGAUAUGAAAUGACUGUACAAUACUCCUUCUGUUUCCUGUUCUAAAACAAUUGGCUACACUUCAUUUCCAUAAGACAAGCAAGCUCCAGCAAUGAAUAUUUAUGAAAGUGUGCAAACCAUUAUCUGAUGUGAGAAGCAUACUUACUGUCAUUCUACUUUUCCACGCUUGAAGCAUAAUAUGCCCAGUUUAAUACAACGUGGAGACAUAUAUUUUUUCCGAUUCCCCCACUUGUGAAAAUGCAGCUUAGAACUGCACUCGCAGGGUUAUAGGUACAUUCUCCCAUAUCGGCUUAGCCCACACAAUGGCUCUUUACACUGUGUAGGGGACAAGUACAUGGAGUUCUUAUGUUGGGAUGUUCUGCCAACCUCAAGAAGAACCAAAAAUGUAAUGAAUAUUUUUCAUAAGUUUGUAGAAGCAGAUACAUUGUAAAUAGUAGUAUGUAUAAUAUGGAUAUAUAGACUAGGUAUGUAUAAUUAAGCCAAUGUUGUUAUUAAAAUACAGGUGUUACUUUA